CGCCCCCGGAGCCCCCUCCUUCCUCUCCUCCUGCUGGCUCGGGGGGGGGAGGAGGGCUGGGAGCAGCGGGCCCGCUUCCCGGGACACCAUGUCGGACUCGGAGGAGGAGAGCCAGGACCGGCAGCUGAAAAUCGUGGUGCUGGGGGACGGCACCUCCGGGAAGACCUCCUUAGCUACAUGCUUUGCUCAAGAAACUUUUGGAAAACAGUACAAGCAAACUAUAGGAUUGGAUUUCUUUUUGAAAAGGAUAACCUUGCCAGGAAACUUGAAUGUUACCCUUCAAGUUUGGGAUAUAGGAGGGCAGACAAUAGGAGGCAAGAUGCUGGAUAAAUAUAUCUAUGGAGCACAGGGAGUCAUCCUUGUGUAUGAUAUUACAAAUUCUCAAAGUUUUGAGAAUCUCGAGGACUGGUACACGGUGGUGAAGAAGGUGAGCGAGGAGUCGGAGACGCAGCCGCUUGUUGCCUUGGUGGGCAAUAAAAUUGAUUUGGAGCAUAUGCGAACAGUGAAGCCUGAAAAACACUUACGGUUUUGCCAGGAAAAUGGUUUCAGUAGCCACUUUGUCUCAGCCAAGACGGGAGACUCAGUCUUCCUGUGUUUUCAGAAAGUUGCUGCUGAGAUCCUUGGAAUCAAGUUAAACAAAGCAGAAAUAGAACAGUCACAGCAUAUUGUCAGGGCAGAAAUAGUGAAGUACCUGGAAGAGUAUCACCACCGUUCCACAUUCUACAAGAGUUCGCUCUGUUCCAUGCAGUAGUGCAGAGGGUGGUGAAGGCAGAUAUUGUAAACUACCACCAGGAACCCACAUCAAGGAAUGUUAAUCCUCCACGCAGCUCGAUGUGUGCAGUUCAGUGAGUGAAUUUUUCUCUGGGAUUUUGGAUUCUGGGAUCCAGUCAGUGGCUGCCUCAGCAGCAGCCUUAACCCUUUCCUGCCCAGCCGCUUCCCCCCAGCCUCAGCUGCGCCUCAGACUGGAAAACCUCCACCGGGACCACACACUGAAUUCAAAGUGGAAAGCCCAUUCCCUCGAAUGAAGAUGCCUCACUGCAAAAGAAUAAUGUUCUUGUUGUUGUUCUUCCUUCAUGUCCUCACUUCUCACUUCUCCGUUCCCUGAUGUCAACCCAUUUAGGGGAAUGUAAGGAGCUCACCACGUCCUCAUCAUCAGCCGGAUUGUGCCACGGCACAGUUUGAUUCUCUUGUCUGAACUCAUACACGGCAGAGUGCAAACAUUUAAACCAGUAAUAUAUUUUAUCUACAGAUACUUAAGGCAUUCUUUUCCUACAUAUUGUGAUUUAAAGUAUAUAAAGCUGUAUCUAAUGGAAAAGGCUUGAAAUAAAGCUGUAAUAGAAAUAUUUUUUUCAUUUAGAAAAAUGGGCCUACAUUGUAGCUCACACAGUAGUAUUUGAUACUGUAUUUUUAUUACUGUGUCCGAUCAUUGUAUAUCAGUAAGACUCAGGUUGGAUGGUUUUAUGAAUCUGGAUAAAUUUAUUUGUUCAACUGACUCUCUAGGGGCCUUUCUCCUGCAGACUGUAGCCGAGUACCCCAGAGUGAGUCAGGACUGUUGGCCAAUCAUUGUGGAUCAGGUCCGACCAUACCUGAUGCUCAGAUGUUUCUCUCCUUCAAAUAAAUUUAUUUAAAUUA